AUGGAAGCAGGAGAUACAGUACUAACCAAACAUUUUGAAACAUGUUCAUCAAAUUCUAAAUAUACAUCUCAUAGAAUACAAAACGAAUUGAUAAGUAUUUGUGGUAAUAUUAUAUGUAAUGAAAUUGUAAAAUGUGUAAAUAACUCAAUGGCAUUUUCUCUAAUGGCUGAAGAAUCAGCUGAUAUCGCUGGUAAAGAGCAAUUAUCUAUAGGAGUGCGUUAUGUUACUCAAACAUAUGAUAUAAAAGAAGAAUUUCUAGUGUUUGUAGAGCUUCAAAAAUUGAAUGCUGAAGCAAUUGCAUCAUCCAUAAUCCAGUUUACAAGUAGAGUUGGUCUAGAUAUGUCAAAAUUAGUAGGAUUAGGUUUUGAUGGAUGCUCUACAAUGAGUGGAAAAGAAAAUGGCGUUCAAGCUAUAAUAAAAAAACAAUAUCCAAUUGCAUGUUUUUUCCAUUGUGCAUCUCAUAAAUUAAAUUUAGUGGUAAAUGACCAAAAUAACCUUCCUGAAAUCCGCAAUUCAAUAGGGACAGUCAAAGAAACAAUUAAAUUCUUUAGAGAAAGUAUUUUAAGGCGUCGAUUAAUUUCCAAUAUCCCAUUGCUAUGUGAGACUAGGUGGUCUGAAAAAUAUAAAUCUAUUAGAAUAUUUGAUAGUAAUUUCUUUGAAAUCAAAUCGGUUCUCAGUAAGUUGGUUACUAACUAUGAUACAAAUUCUGCUACUAGAACAAAAGCCUAUCAACUUUCGUGUGCAACUUCUACUAUAGGGUUUAUUGUGUGCUUAAAAAUUAUAGCCAAGUAUUCGAAAAUAUUAGAGCUAAUUGUAAACAAAUUACAAGCUGUUGAUUCUAAUUUGCAUACAGUACAUCAACAUAUACACUCAAAUUUACUAGAAAUAUUAAAGAAGCGUAGAUCGAUGUCAGAAGAAAAUUUUAGUCUGAUAUUUAAUGAUGUAAGAAACUGUGCAAUUCAAUUUAACUUGGACAUACAAAUUCCACGAGUAGUGUCAAAACAAACUCAUCGUCAAAAUAUUGUUACAUCUACUCCUGAUGAGUACUUUCGGAUUUCUAUAUAA